AUGAAGAAAAGCCCUGCCGCUCUCGGCCGCCGGCAGGCCAUCACCGUUCUCGUCGCCUUCGUUGCCGCUGCCAACCUUGUCCGGGCCUCCAUCGCCCAGGUAUGCCCGCCGCCGCCGCCGGAAUCAAUCCAGCGAACCGACGUCAACCGGCCCGUGACGAUCGAGAGGUUCGUGUGCAACAUCGAGAACCGCAUGGGGAACAAGGACUACGAGAUCUCCUUCGGCGGCUGCGACAACGGAAUAUCGUUCGACGUACGCGACGGCAAGUCGACCGAGUCCCUGUGCUACUAUUCGGCGGCCGGCCGGGUGGGGAAGACCGUCAAGAAUUUCGGCCAGCCCCUCGUCCUCCCGGCAAGCACCAGUGUGGCGUGCCGGUGGGUUUACGCCGGGAACUACAUGGACGGGGUGGAGGUGUGGAGCGAGGACUGGCCGGAGGCGGGGUCGUGCAAGGAUGGGGCCGGCGGGAAGUGCAGGAUCGUGUUCGACGAGCACAAGGUGGUGACCCUCGUCACGGCCAAGGGGAGGAGGGUGCUGGGCGACGUCGCCGUCAAGGAGUGCAGCAAGAACUGGUUCGGGUGGCUGCCGUUCGGGCUCGGCUGCACCUACCCCAAGCACGACCACCGCUACGUUGGCCGUAUCGUGCAGUAA